AUGGAUUAUACUGAAUUCUGCCCCAAAACUGGCCGCGGCCAUAAUGAACUUCGUACGGAAUUAAAGGCCCUCGGAGAAGCUAGUUUUUGCCCGUUCUGUCGACAACCACUUAUUGAAGCUGUUGAGGUCGUUGACCUUACUGCAAGCAGCCCCCCUGGGCCCAGUUCGAUGACGAUUCAAACCGAACGAACACGACCGAUCCCUAUUACAUAUACUAAUGCUAUUAAUAUGGCUACCGAGAGCCAGCAGCAUAGUAUUGCAGUAACAAGCCGUAAGAGUACGAUUACUAUCGAACUAAGGGCUACGUUCUAUAUCGCUUCAGGAUACCUUGAGGAAGUCAUUCCAGGCAUUUCUAUGCCAAAGUACGAUAAAGGAGUCAAAAGCAAGAACAUUAAAAGCAAGAUUACAGCCCCACUAGGCUCUACGUUUUCGUCUCAUGACGAAAUGGUUCAUUUUAUUGUAUCAAGCUGCCAUAAAGAGUUCUCGUCAACAAAGUGGAAGCUUAUCAGUGGCUAUAUCACUGGUACGCAUUCGAACGGACCUAUUAUGUAUGGAGAUGCUGUUUAUAAGACCUUACGGCUAAAGGACUUUUUUGAGGCGGCAAGUAUUACACUCUCUGUAAGGGCUGAAGCUCCGGUUUCCCUUAUGCUUUUGUACUUUAAUGUACGAGACAAUUCGGAAGACAGCGAUACCCCACGGCCUAAUAAGCGGGCAAUUGAGCAGGCAGAAACUGAGAUACCUGCUUCAAAGCGUACAACAAAGAUCAAAAGGGAGAUAAAGAAUAAGAAGGAACCUGUACGAGAUAAAAGGAAGGAGAACGAUAUUAAAGCUGAAAUCAAGGUUGAGGUUAAGGCUAAGAAGAUAAAAGGUGAAGAAGAGAGACAACAUGAAGAUUUGGAUGCGUUCGAGGCAUUUCUUCAAUCUACGACAUCAGACGAGGAUCAGGGGGGCAAGGAGGAUAAGGAGGAAUAA